AUGAGCCAGCAGGAGGUUCGGGCGGCGCUGCGGCAGGUGUGGUUCGGCACGAACCUGCAGGGGGAUCGUCUCAAGCUUCGGAUUCAUCAGAAGAUGCUGCGGCUUGCCGACUUUCAGGCGAAGGUCAGGAGGGAGUUGGUGGCAGAGGAGCAGGAGAUCCAGGCCAUGCCCGACCGCCCCUACCGCUCCUUCCUCCGCUGGGCCCACCGGCAACGAGCCGAAAUCGCCAAGUCGCACGCCGUGACGCGCCGCGCCGCCCGGGACCGGCUGCUCAAGGCCGUCUUCGCCGCCCGGCGGCAGAUCCUCGCCGACCGCCAGCUGGCAGCGCGGGACGGCCGGGCGGCACGGAAUCGGCACGUAGUGAGGUUCCACGAGCAGGCGGCGAGGGAGGCGGCGAGGAGGCGAGAGGAGGAACGGCAGCGGCGGGUGGAGAUGUUACUGAAGAGUAACGACAUGGAUGCUUAUAGAGCGAUGCUGGAAGAGGAGAAGGAGAAGGCAGGGGUUGGGAAGGGUGCAAAGGAGCGGUUUGAGAUGCUGAGCUCGUUUUUGAGCCAGACGGAGGAGUAUUUGCGGAAGCUCGGGGGGAAGAUCUGCGCGGCUAAGAGCGUUCAGGAGGUGGAGGAGGCUGCUGUGGCUGCUGCUGCUGAAGCCAGGGAGAAGGGGAUGAGCGAGGAGGAGGUGGAGGCGUAUGUGCAGAGGGUGGUGGCAAGCCUGUCACGCAACGACGGUCCCGAGGGAGACGGGGUUGGAGGGGAGACAGGAGCGGCUGCCGUGUCCAAGUACUACAAGCUGGCUCACUCAGUUUCAGAGACCAUUACUCACCAGCCUUCCAUGCUGCGCAUGGGCACCCUAAGGGAAUACCAGAUGGUGGGGCUGCAGUGGAUGGUAUCGCUGUACAACAAUCGCCUCAACGGCAUUCUGGCGGACGAGAUGGGCCUGGGGAAGACGGUGCAGGUCAUGGCACUGCUAGCCUAUCUCAUGGAGCAUAAAGGAAACUACGGCCCGCACCUCAUCAUCGUGCCCAACGCCGUGCUGGUGAACUGGAAGGCGGAGCUGCAUGCGUGGCUGCCAUCUCUCUCUGCUGUUUUCUACGUGGGAGGGAAGGAGCAGCGCGCCAAGCUCUACGCCAAGGAGGUAGCCCCAAUGAAGUUCAACGUGCUGGUAACCACCUUCGAGUUCAUCAUGCGGGACCGGGCGCGUCUUUCCAGAGUGGACUGGCGCUACCUGGUGAUUGACGAGGCCCACCGCAUGAAGGACAGGGACUCGCGAUUGUCAAGAGAUUUGGACCGCUUCAGAGUGCAGAGGAGGCUGCUGCUCACCGGCACGCCCCUGCAGAACGACCUGAGGGAAUUGUGGUCUCUCCUCAACCUUCUUCUUCCAGACGUGUUUGAUUCGAGCAAGGUUUUCAACGACUGGUUCGCUUCCCCCUUUCAAAAAGACACCAAAGGAGGGGGGGGAGGAGGAGGGGGAGGAGCGGGAGGAGCAGGGGGGGCGGCAGCGGAUGAGAUAGAAUGGCUGGAGACUGAAAAGAAAGUGAUUGUGAUCCACCGUCUACACCAGAUUCUCGAACCUUUCAUGCUGCGCCGCAUGGUCCAAGACGUAGAGGGCAGCCUUCCCAAGAAAACCUCUGUCGUGCUCCGCUGCCCGCUCUCCGCCUGCCAAGCCGCGAUCUACGACUGGGUCCGAGCCACGGGCACGCUUCGGACCGAUCCUGAGCAGGAGGCUCGGCGGGUGGCUGCGGGGAAGAGCAGCGGGAGUACGGUGCAGCGGUAUGUGAGGGAGUUUGUGCCGGUGCAGAACAAGUGCAUGGAGCUGAGAAAGGUGGUUAACCACCCGUUUCUCACCUACUCCUCCCCAGAUGUGAUCGUUCGCACGUGCGGCAAGUUUUAUAUCUUAGAUCGAGUUCUGCUUAAACUGCAUCGCACGGGGCACAGAGUGUUACUAUUCUCCACUAUGACGAAGCUUCUGGACCUUUUAGAGGACUAUUUGCGGUGGCGGAAUCUUAAGUACUGCCGGAUAGACGGAUCUACACCGUUGGACGCUCGGGAGGCUGCGAUUGGCGAGUUUAACAAAGCCGGGUCGGAGCAUUUUGUCUUUUUGCUGAGCAUCCGGGCGGCGGGGCGGGGGCUGAAUCUGCAGAGUGCGGAUACGGUGGUGAUAUAUGACCCUGAUCCGAAUCCUAAGAAUGAAGAGCAGGCAGUAGCGCGGGCGCACAGGAUAGGGCAGAAGAGGGAGGUUUUGGUGAUGUAUCUUGAGGCAGUUACAGAGGUUACUGCAGCUUACUGUAAAGAGGACGAGAUUGAGAGGAGGGGAGGGGUGGGGGGGGAUGGGGAGGGAGAUGGGGGUGUGGGGGGGAGGAGAGAGGGGAGGUGGAGGAAGAGGAAGAGGGGGGAUGGGUUGGUGCAGUCACCAACAUCUCAGUCGUCUGGAGUAGGAGCAGGGAGGAGAGGAGGAAGGGGAGGAAGGGGAGGAGGAAGGGGAGGAGGAAGGGGAGGAGGAGGAGGAAGGGGAGGAGGAGGAAGGGAAGGAGGAGGACGAGGAGGAGGGAAAGGAGGGGGAGGAGGGGAUGAGGGCGGAUCAAGGAUGGAUGAGGAGGAGGAAUGGCCGCGAUUGGUCGAGGAGCCUUGGGAGGUGGUGCCUUGGCUGAGGGCUAAUUCGAAGCAGGUGGCGGCUGCUGCUGCUACGACUGCCAAGCCUGCGCUUCGGAAACGGAGGAAGGCGGCAGGUUCGGAUGAGGGAGGGGCGGAAGGAGGUUCGGCGGAGGAGCCUGUGGAGGUGGAGGGAUGGAAGGAGGGAGAGAAAGUGGGAGAAGAGGAGGAGGAGGAAGAGGAGGAAGGGGA